AUGACUAAACAGUUUAACCUGGUCAUCAAGAAUGGUAUCGUCGUUACCUCGGGUGACAGCGGCCCGCUCGACAUUGCCAUCAAGGAGGGCAAAAUUGCCUACCUCGCUGCCGACAUUGACGCCAACUUGGCAGAGAAGGUCAUUGACGCAGAAGGAGGCUAUGUAAUGCCUGGUGGAGUUGACGCGCAUGUCCACGUCGCACAAGACUUCCCCAGUGGGGCCAACGGUGUGUCCGCACAAUGUGCCGACAACUUCGAGUCGGGCUCGCGUUCCGCUGUCUGUGGUGGAACUACGACUUUUCUGUCGUUUGCUCAUCAGAACCGCUGCGACCCUUCGAUUCUCGAGGUUGUCGAGGCCUACGACAAGCUCGCCAAGGAGUCGGGUUCUUACUGUGACUACGGCUACCAUGUAAUCAUCACUCAACCCGACAUUGAGAUGCUGCAGCGCGAGCUUCCGGUUCUGGUGAAGAACUGGGGUAUCACCUCGUGCAAGCUCUUUAUGACCUAUGCUGCCCUUCAGCUCAGGGACAAUGAGCUCCUUGAUGUCAUGUUUGAGGCUCGGAAGCUCGCUAUCACGACAAUGAUCCACGCCGAGAAUGGCGACAUCAUCUCAUGGCUCACUGAUAAGCUUCAGGAGAAGGGCAUGGUUGAACCUCGGUUCCACGCCCAAUCGCGACCCCCCGUGGUCGAGAUGGAGGCGACCAGCCGAGCCAUUGUCCUCGCCGAGAUGAUCCAGAACCCCGUUCUCUUCGUGCAUGUUGGUUCUGCGUCCGCGGCAGAAGUCAUUAGGUCGACCCAGACCCGAGGGUUUCCCAUCUACGCCGAGACGUGCCCCCAAUACCUGCAUCUCACCUGGGAAGACCUCGCAAGUAAGAAGUUCCACUCUCCGCAGUGCUUUGAGAAUGCUAAACUGAUCUGCUCACCUCCUCCUGGCCCCGAUAACACGGACCAGGAGCUUCUCUGGACUGGCCUCCGCAACGGCACCUUUACAAUCUACUCCAGCGACCACUGUGCUUUCCGCUACCACGACGUCCGUGGCAAGGCUCUUGGUAUUAUCCAGCACAAGGAGAGCAUCGAGGGUUCCACAUGCCCGAUCGACGAUGACCAUGUGCAUGAAAUUAUGCACGGCAAGACUGGCAACUUCAAAUACAUCCCCAACGGAUGCCCAGGACUUGAGACGCGUCUACCACUGCUGUUCAACUACGGCCUGGCCCAGGGCCGAAUCACGGCCGAGCGAUUUGUGGAGCUCACAUCGACCGCGCCGGCCAAGCUGUACGGCCUGUAUCCCAAGAAGGGCGCUCUCAUGCCUGGCCUUUCGGACGCUGACCUCGUAAUCUGGUACCCUGAGGGCCACAUUAAGCCAUUCAGCCUCACCAACGACCACCUCCACCACGACGCAGACUACUCUCCAUACGAGGGGAUGGAGUUCAAGAACUGGCCUCGCUACACCAUUCUCCGCGGCAAGGUUGUUUGGGCCGAGGGCGAGCUUCUUGGCUCCAAGACGGAUGGACAGUACCAAAAGCGCAAGCCGAGUCAGCUCACCAUGUCGGCGGUCAAGACUGCGCGCACCGAUAGGCGCAGGGUGGCUACUUGGUUGUACCAGUAA